UGGGUCUACCAUAUUUUGUGUGGGCUUUAUUAUGAGAAGUAAGGUAGCGUUUGUUUGUUAUUUAAAGGAAAUAAAUAGUGAAAGACAAGGGAAUAACUGAGGAGAGUUGAAAGAACAGUGUUGUCAGCUUCAUCAAGAUGAUGACAAUGAAGCUGUUUUUGGUAGCCGUUGAACUUGCAUGCUUAGUUUCUCGGAUCUUCUCCUUUCGAUCUCAGACACUGUCUCAGCUUUCUUUCUUAGAAAACGGUGUCGUCUCCACUCGCCCUUCCUCAACUCAACCUCAACCUCUUAUGGUCGACCUUACUCUCAUUCAAGAAGCUCAUUCUAAAGGAGCUGUCUGUUUGGAUGGAACAUUGCCUGGUUACCAUUUGGAUCGUGGAUUUGGAUCUGGUGCAGAUAGUUGGCUUGUUCAUUUGGAGGGGGGAGGAUGGUGUGAUACCAUCAGAAAUUGUGUCUAUAGAAAAAAUACUCGUCGUGGGUCCUCAAAAUUCAUGGAAAAUCAAAUACCAUUCACGGGAAUAUUGAGCAACAAACCUGAAGAAAACCCUGAUUUCUUUAAUUGGAACAGAGUUAAGUUACGGUACUGUGAUGGGGCGUCUUUCAGUGGAGAUGCCGAAGAUGAGUCUGCACAGCUUCAAUUUCGAGGACAAAAAAUUUGGCUAGCUGCAAUGGAGGAAUUAAUGUCGAAAGGAAUGCAGAAAGCCAACCAGGCACUUCUCUCUGGAUGCUCUGCGGGUGGUCUGGCAUCCAUAAUACAUUGUGAUGAGUUCAGGAGCUUAUUUCCAGAAUCUUCCAAAGUGAAAUGUUUGAGUGAUGCAGGUUUCUUUCUUGAUGCAAUUGAUGUAUCUGGGGGACGCACGCUGAGGAAUCUGUUUGGAGGUGUGGUUCAGUUACAGGAUGUACAAAAAAAUCUUCCAAAAAGUUGUCUCAACCAACUAGACCCGACUUCGUGCUUCUUUCCUCAGAAUUUGAUCGAUCAUAUUGAAACCCCAUUGUUUCUACUCAACACAGCUUAUGAUGUGUGGCAGGUCCAAGCCAGUUUAGCACCACCUUCAGCUGACCGCCUUGGCUCUUGGAAUGAAUGCAAAUCCAACCAUGCAAAUUGUAGCUCAUCACAAAUUCAGUUCCUCCAAGACUUCAGAAAUCAAAUGCUGAGUGACAUUACAGACUUCUCAAGGUCAUCUCAAACUGGACUAUUCAUAAAUUCUUGUUUUGCUCAUUGUCAGUCUGAGAGACAGGAGACAUGGUUUGCUGAUGACUCUCCCCUUAUUGAGGACAAGCCAAUUGCAGUAGCUGUUGGAGACUGGUAUUUUGAUCGAGAAGUUGUCAAAGCUAUUGACUGUGCUUACCCGUGUGACAACAGCUGCCAUAAUCUGGUGUUUAACUUUAAGUGAGCAAAAUUUGUUGUCUACUCGUUACAUCUUAAUUCUUGAAAUUGCAAUGAGUUUUUCAACAAUCAACAUUCAUAAAUUAUUAUGGAAAGUCAUUCUUAGCUGAGGAUGCAAUUGAUUAACUUCGUCAUUUUCACUGAUAAGUUAUGUCAACAAAGACUCAUUACAUCUCA